UUACCACUGUGCCUCAAUGGUCGCCCACUCUGAGACAUAAAUAGAUGGAAUUGCAAAUGCGGCUGAAUAAUCGGUACGACGCAUCUUUCGAUAACACAACAGCUUUUAGCUAAAUGGUAACCCAGCACGACCAAAACAGAGGGCACGAUACAGAAGUUCUGUUUCAAUGUUGACUAUUUGAUGUCUAUUGCUUUACUAUCGGACGAACAGAAGGAUUAGACGGGCAGAAGGACGAGAAAUCAAGGGGAAUCCCUCCGGCGCUCUUCCCAGAUCCGGUAAGUUAGCAUCGAAUCCCCAAUGCUUAAUCUCCUCUAUAAGAAACUGCUCCCAAUCGGAAGAACUAUGCAAUAUUCAAGAAUCCAAUUGGGUUUUCUACAAAACGCUUCAUUUCUCAAAUUCAUCUCCACGAAGGGCCCUACACUUCAGAUAUCGAACCCUUUGGUGGUCUCUUACCUUGUAAACUCAUGUGGGUUCUCACCUGCAGCUGCCGUCUCUGCCUCCAAGAAGAUAAGUUUUGAAACCUCAGAAAGACCAGAUACGAUUCUUUCCUUUUUCAGAAACCAUGGUUUCACUGAAACCCAGAUUUCAAGUCUCAUCAGAAAGUACCCAUCUUUGCUGUUAGUCAAUCCUACAAAGACCCUUCUUCCCAAACUUGAGUUCUUUCAUUCUGUGGGUGUUCAAAGCUCUGACCUUGCCAAAAUCUUCUCCACAGACCCAUCGAUCUUGCUCUCUAGCUUAGUGAACCAAAUAAUCCCUGCUUUUAAUUUCUUCAAAAGUUUAGUUGGGACUGUGGACAAUGUUGUUAUUGCUCUGAAACGUCAAACUCGUUUCCUCAAAUGUGAUGUAGAGAAAGUGGCUUGCAAUAUUGCAAUCUUGAGAGAAAAUGGGGCGACUGAGUCUAAUAUCUUGACAUUAUUAACUUGCUAUCCCAAAACAUUGACACCUAAGAAUGAUCGGUUCAAACAGAUGGUUGAGGAGAUUAAGCAAAUGGGUUUUGACCCUUCGAAAGGCUUGUUUAUGCUAGCUCUACAUGUGUUUUCAUCGUUGAACAAAGCGACCUGGACACAGAAAUUAGAGGCUUAUGGAAGGUGGGGUUUGUCUGAGUAUGAGAUUGUAUCUGCAUUUAAGAGGUAUCCGUGGUUUAUGAUGCUGUCUGAGAAAAAAAUAAGGGAACAGAUGGAUUUCUUUGUGAACAAAAUGGGUUGGGAAUUGACAUAUAUUAUAAGAAACCCUCGAAAUCUUGGGUAUAGCUUGGAGAAGAGAAUAAUCCCUAGGUGUUCAGUUCUUCAAAUUCUGCAAUUGAAAGGUCUAGUGGAGAGAGAUCAUAGCAUAGGAAAUGUGUUGGCAAAGAGUAAUAAGCACUUCUUGGAGAAGUAUGUAUCCCCUUAUGAAAAGGAAGUUCCUCAACUGUUGGAUGUAUAUAAAGGUAAGAUUGGUCUGCUAGAGCUAGGAUAUGUACCCGAGAAAGUCAGUGGAAGGAUAUUAUUGUGAAAAUUCAAAAUUUGAAAUUCAAUAAAUGUGUUGUUCUUUUCUUUUA